CUGCGGCCCGGUCGCAGAUUCCAAGGCGUGCAGCAGUCUGGUAGGGCUACCUAUGAAGUCUCAGUCUUGCUUGAUCAUGUCGACAUGGACGAGUCGCGUAUCGCUGGUACGCUGCGCAUACAAGGUCUGAGUGUGGAUCAUCCGACAUUGACGACUUUCUUCGAAGGCGAAAUUGUGGGCGCAAAGCAUUCUUUCAUCACCCAUCACAAACAUUGGGGCGCAAGUGAGAAGACAGACGUGGAACACUGGACGCGCUUUCAAGCAUUCAAACCCAUUGCAAGCUUUGCUGCGACUAGGCAAAAGGCGCGCGCAAUGCAAGCUGAUGAAGUGCCAAGCGCACAAAGCGCAAGUAGCGAUUGCCAUCUGAAACUCGAUCACCUCUUCAUGCGUUGGAAGGAAUUGCAUGCGAUUGAAGAGCAGCGACGUCGCAUUCUGGAAGGUGUUUCCUAUGAAGGCUUCUACUACAUCUGCCUCUCUCUUGUCACUGGGCACAUUAGUGGCAUGUAUUUUCACGAAGCUUCAGAACUAUAUCAGCAGCUCUCGCUGAAGCCAGUUGAUGCGUCGCACUUCCCUGCUUAUGAGUGGCGAUGA